AUGUGGUCCCCUAAAUUAUUAAAUCGCCUCCCAGUAGGAAAAUGUCGUUUAUCUUUGAUCGAUAAACAGAUGGCAGUUAGUGCAGCAAAAGCGAUUAAUAUUCCAAAUAAUGCUACGGUAAUUGAAAUAAAUUCCGGUUUAGGAUUUCUUACACACGCUCUACUUAAUAAUACCAACGUUAAAAGGAUAAUCGCGUUAGAGAACGAUAAAGAUUGUGUGGAAAAUCUUGGGCAAUUAGCUGAAGAAUCUUCUGGCAGAUUAGAGGUUAUACAAGCUGAGAAUAAUAUUGUUUCAAGGUUUGCAUCAAACAAACUUGAAGUUAUCUGUACAUGGUUACAAAAAGAGAAACUUGCUGAUAUGCAAAUAUAUCCAUGGGAGGAAGUUCAUCCGUCGUUGGUUUCUAUAUUUCAUCUACCGGAUAAAAUGAGUGGUGAUUAUUUAUUGAACCAGAUCAUGCAAGAUUUUUAUAAUCGAUCUGGAUUUCAGGCAUACGGACGUGUUAGGACAAAUUUGUUCAUGCCUGCGUACUUAUAUGAGAAAAAUAUGGCAAUGUUAGGUGAGAUCAAGCGAUGUAAACAGGGUGUUAUAAUGGAAUCCCUUGCAAAUAUAGAUAUUUUAAGGGUGAUUCCAGAACGCGCAUAUACACCAAAAUCGAUAAAUGUACUAUUAAGCUUGACACCGCAAGCUCAACCAAAACUUAAAGCUCAAUUUGAUGUAUUUGAAUAUGUUCUUCGUCAUGUAUUGUCCAAGAAAAGUGCGCCAUUAUGUGAUACUAUAAGUACUUUAGGAGCUGGUGCAGAAUCUCUUAUAAAGAAUUUAUCUUUUGAUUCUCAAAUCCUUGUUAAGGAUAUAUCGGUUGAACAAUUUAUUGAAUUGGCUCAAAUUUUCGAACAAUGGCCAUUUAGGCCAGUUAAUUUACACGCAGCAUUUAAUGAAAAUCAUAAAAGACGAAGAAGAAACUAA